CGGAGGAACCCCAAUGCGGCGCUCGCACCGUGCAGAGGCCGCCGCGCAGCCACCCAGCCGUCAAAUUGCCGAAUAUCGAUUCGCAGCUGCUGCAGAUGUUUUUUGGUCAACAAAACAAAACAGCCGCCGCUUCGCCGCCGAGCAAGCAAAUAUACAAAAAUACGAAAAUACCAAAAUACAAGAAAGUCGGUCAGGGAGAACCGAAAUAAGUCGCGAAUUGUGAAUUAAAUGCGCUAAAAUUGCGGUAGCCCAGUGCAGUGCGGAAAUAGAGGCAUUCCAACUUGCAGCAAAGAGCAGCUCAUAUUGAAAAUAUAUAUAUUUUUUUUUUUUGGAGACCAGUUUGAAGCGCAGCGCGAUGGAUAGAAAUCCCGUGAGGCAGUCGACGUCAUCCGGCACCGUAGAAGGUGAAUCCAGCGAACAGGAGGAGCAGAAGACGCCCAGUGCGGCCGAAUAUAUGAGGAACUUCAAGAACAUCAUAGCGCCGGGCAACGAGGCCUCCAUGACCAGGGAGUUCAAUCCGCAGGUGGCAUACGAAUUCGAAAAGUAUCUCAAUCCGCAAAAGCUCAAGCAGCACGUCCUUAGGAGCGAGAAGCUGCGAUCCAUUCUGGAGCACUAUGCCAAGGAGUCGGGCACGCCGCUCAAGCAGAUGGAGCGUCAGGCCCGGGCGAUCAUUGAUGAAAUCGGCCUCGAUCGGAAUAUGGCCAUCAUCCGGUGGUGCGGCAUUGCCAUUACGGCGAUCGGCAAGCGGAUCUGCGAUGGAUUCUAUGUCAAUUCGGCUAGCAUGGCCAAUGUGCGCAAGGAUAUGGGCAAGUGCCCGGUGCUCUAUCUGCCAAGUCAUCGCAGCUACAUGGACUUCAUCCUGAUGUCCUACAUCUGCUAUUACUACGACAUCGAGAUACCAGGAAUAGCAGCCGGCAUGGAUUUCCACUCCAUGUUCGGAAUGGGCACCAUGUUGAGGAAAACAGGAGCGUUCUUCAUGCGCCGCAGCUUCUCCAACGAUGAGCUAUACUGGGAUAUUUUCCGGGAGUAUAUGUACGCGCUGGUGGCAAACUACCACAUCGGCGUGGAGUUCUUCAUUGAGGGCACGCGCUCCAGGAAUUUCAAAGCUCUGGUUCCCAAAAUUGGACUACUCUCGAUGGCUCUGUUGCCAUAUUUCACGGGCGAAGUGCCGGAUGUGAUGAUUGUGCCAGUGAGUGUGGCCUACGAACGCGUCCUGGAGGAGCAACUGUUCGUCUAUGAGCUGCUGGGUGUGCCCAAGCCCAAGGAGUCGACAAAGGGCUUUUUCAAGGCCCUAAAAAUCAUCGACGAGCGAUUUGGCAAGAUGUUCCUCGACUUCGGAGAGCCCAUCUCGGUCAAGGAGUUUUUCGGACACGACAGCGCGCAGCGAAUGCAGCGAGCAGGCGUGGGUGGUCACUUGCAGAAGCUGAACCGCCAGGAGGUGGAACUAGUCAAACAGCUGGCCAAUGAGAUUAUCUACCAGCAGCAGCGUCGCAUUGUGAUCUCCACGUUCAAUCUGCUUAGCCUCUACUACGCCAGUCAAUUGUAUGCCCAAAGGAGUGUCACUCUGGACGAGCUAGCACGAGGUGUUCUGCAUCUGAAGCGAAUCUUCGAGCAGCUGGGCGCCCAUGUUAGCACGACUCCGAGCAGCAUUAAGGCGGAUGUGAUUGAUGCUGUGGAGAUACACUCGAAUAUUUUACAUUUCGCGACUGGCCGCCUGCAGUUUACGCCCAUGGCAGCCAAGCAACUGGCGGAGCAGAUCGAUGUUAAGCGCCUGAAAGCCCAUGCCCUGUGUCCACAGACCAUGGCGGUGGCUGUGCCCAUGCUGGCACUGCAGCUCUACAUUAAUCCCUGCAUGUUCUGGCUGGCCAGACCCGCCUACCUGCUGCUGGCAGCGCUCAAGGAGCAAAAGAAUCAACAGAAGCAAUCGACGGACAUCUCGUACGAUGCCAGUUUGUGUGCCCUGCAUGCGCACGUGACCACCAUGGACGCGCUAUUCCAGCACGAGUUCAUCAUUGAAUCGAAUCGCGAGGCGGCCGAGUUUGAGACGCAUCUGCAGCUGCUGCUGGACGAACGAGUUGUGGAGGUAGAGACCAGUGGCCGGAUCAAUGUGCAGGACAAUGAAUGCUCGCAUGUCAUUCUGGCCGCCCUGGCGCCAUUCCUCUGCCUCUACUACCAACUGGUGGUCACGUUAAGAAAGAUCCCUUUGGAGCUGGAGUUCAGUAACAAGGAGCUGCUCGUGCGCGUCCAGCAGCAUGUGGAGCAGCUCCUACAGCAACCCGGAGCCUCCGCCUCUCAUGUGCACCCAUAUUGCCUGGCCCUGGACAAUCUGAACAUUGCCAUCUAUGCGCUAAUCCAGAGGGGCUACCUAGUGAAGAGCAGGGACUCUGGUCAGAUGAAGAUCGCGUCCACUCCGGGAAAGUGCCUGCGAGAACUGGAAACGCAGCUUCUCGAGUACUGUCAACUAAUGCCAUUUGCUCAAUACUCGACGGCGGCCAACCAGCAGGCCCAGUUCCACAUAGCCAAGUUAUAACUGGCAAACGGAAAUGGGCCGGCGAGGGAGGCGACAAGGGAGAGGGACACCGAUUCGAGUACCGAUACCCAGUCGGGUCCCAAUCAGUGUAGUACAAUUACCAUUUCAUUGCCCAUGCAGUUCAUCCAGUUUGUUGUCGGCCUGCUCAAGAAUUGUCGCAUCAUCUGCAUACUUUUCAUCAUCGUGGUGUUGUCGCCGCUGUGGCAGCUGCUCCACUGGAUCAUCGUAUCCACCCACUCAUUCACGUAGGUUAACGGGGUGUCUGGUUAGGAUGGGUCGAUACUAAUAGUAUCCUAUUUAUAUUGGCAUAAUUAACAUUCCCUAUUUUCCACCUGCCAUUUAAGAGUUUUUGAUAAUGUACAUAGCGACACCCAUUUGUUAGGAAGACAAAAGAGCUAUGCUAGAAUAAGAUUGAACUACAAUUUUGUGACUAGCGAAAUCGAUCCAUCCUUGAGUGUUAGUGUAUCCGAGUGCAUAGAGAAUCUUAUAGUCUAACAACUGAUAUUUUAUGUCCAGUUCGCUAUGAAGCAAAUGAAAUUCACGAAACCGCCAAAAACAUACACUUGCAAAAAAGUGGAUUUUUCAUUCAAAAAUGUUGUAUAGACAAGCCGGUUAGUGUUAGAUCCCAUCGAAAUAUAUAUCACAUAUAUUUUUAGCCGAGGAAUUCAUAGAAAUGUUGCCAACAAAAUGUAACAUUGAAAGCACAUUCACUUUUUUUAACGAAAAUAGUUUAGCACAAUUUUUAAGUCAAUUUUCACACGCAUAAAUGGGUUUUUAAUUUGUACACUAGAGUGUUGAACGCAUUUUUGUUUAAUUUUAAGUUACUUUAGGUUUAAGCUGGUGUUAAGUUUGUUUCAGUUUCUGUAUUUUAAGUUGUUUAUGCUCAUCAACCCUGCAUUAUUUUUAAAUAUUCCAUUGUGCCAAUAGAGAAGUCAGCACCACACAAAGAAAAAUAAAUAAAAAAAACUUGCCCUAGUUAUAUAAAC